AUGGCGUCCAGAGGUGACUCCGCGGGGUCGGGUCGUCCACGAUCUCGCCGUUCCAUUGCCCAUGUACCUCGUUCGAGAUUGACGUCUGGGAUAGAUAAAGAGAAUGCCACAACAGAUAUAGGUGCGGUCCAAAGUCAAGAUGGCUUUGCGAAACAUGCGGGAAAAGAUAAAAAGUCCCGCAGUAAGAGCUUAGGACCUGGUGGUUUGGAUGCGCUCCAGGAUUCAAAUGGCAAUCGGCGCAAGUCUACCAUGGCUUUUCCGCUCAAAUCUAUUCUCAAACCGACAAUUCCUGUCUCUCCAGUUCGAAACAUUCCGUCUUUCGAAGAAACGCGCAAACAAACUCCGGCGCGCGGCGCACAACAGGACGGUGUCCAGGGCAAUAGUAAUGAUCAAGGGAAAGAAGAUCUAUUGGUAGACAUUGAUACUCCCGCGCAGCCGCCGGUGUCUGGCCCGGAAGAUCCAGCCAAUCCCUUCGAUACCUUCAAUGCGUCGUCCGCGAUCGCCGCCGCGAGGGAGCAGGAGGAGAAGGAGAGGAGAGAGCGUGAGCGUCAGAUUAUACUGGAAAAGAGAGAAGCGCGCCGGAAAUCGAUGGCGAACCGCCGCGUUUCUUUCGCUCCGGAGGCGACACUACACACGUGGAACGUUGUCGAAAUUCCUGAUGAUUCCACUUCCUCAUCUGCUUCUAACUCCACACGGCGUGCUUCGUCCCUCGCUGAGAACCAAGCGCCGACACAAGCAUCCAAUCAGAGAGAACCCCCGUCCACACCUGACACUGUAGCGGAAUCAGACAUUGCGUUUUCUCCAGUGGAGUAUCCGAACCUGCAAGAGCUCAGGAACCGUUCAACCUCAGUGUAUGAUGAACCUUCAACUUCGCAAGAUCUGUCGUCUAGUCCAUUCAGCGGAGGCUCCGCAGACGGCUUGGAGGAUACUGGCCUUCAAGACGUUGCAAGGGAAGAUGACGAUGACGACGAUGAUGACAGUUCCUCAGGUUCUGGAUUUGAUGGGGAGAGUACCGCGAUGAGUAUGGACGACAUGUCUGUUCAUUCAGCUGCGAGUGUCCGUUCAGAUCGGUCGGGCUCCAGUACCAGUUCCAGCGCCCGCCUGAACGAGGCCUUACGCCAAGCAGCUAAAGAAGCUGGAACGAGAGGCAUUGACUACGAUGAGGAUGGAGAGAUGUCAAUGGAAAUCGCUGACCAAGAAAUCACUGGCGCUUUUCAGCCUUGGAUCAAAAAGGGCCAAAGGCAAAGUUUUGAAUGGGAGGAUAUCAGCGCUUUGCAUGACCAAGAGAAUAUCAAUCCAUCGCACGCCUCAAUACAAUCAUCGACUGUUCCCGAUGGUUCCUCCCAUAUCGGGGACGAAGACCUCAGCAUGGAGGUAACGAAUGCAAUUGGGCGUAUCAUCCAGCCAAGUCAUCGCCAGAGCACCGUCCGGCGCAAGUCAACGAGCGAACAGACAGACUAUGAUGAGCAAACAAUGGAAUUCACAAAUGUGAUUGGCGGCAUCAAACAAUCUACAUCUCCCGCCAGAUCCGCAGGCGGCGAAAGUAAUGCUAGCGACGAGGAGAUGACAAUGGAAUUCACCUCUGUUGUAGGAGGUGUUCUCAACAAACCAUUUCAGGCUCAACGUGCUGAGGAAACAAAUACCACUGGCUGGAACAAUGAGGAUGAUGGUGGCAGCAUGGAAGACGAUGCAGACAUGGAGAUGACAGGGGCAGUUGGUGGCAUUCUUUCGGCAACAGGGACUCGAGAUGGGCAGGACGACGACCAGACGACUGGAAUGGAGCUUACAACUGCCGUGGGAAGAAUUUUGCCGACGGGCAUCGAGGGUGUCGACGAAAACCAGGAAAGGGAAGAUGCGAAUUCAGAGUCGGAAAAUGAACAACCGGGAAGUUCUCCCUUCCAGGAGAAUGUUCGGCGAUCCCCCUCAAAAUCUCCAGUUUCUUUCCACUUGGCUGCUGUCGCCUCCGAAAGUGGAAGCCCCAGCUUAGCCAGUGUAAGACCUCGAUCAACCAGGCAAAGCCUGAGCCGUCGAAUGUCGAACACGCCAUCGGGACACUCACCACACCAAUCACCAGUCAAGAAUACAUUGACUUCACCAAAGGACUCGACACCCCAAGCCAGUCAAUCCAUGACGCCCAGCAAAACUCCUUUGAGCACGACGAAUAACCGAAGUGCAUCACCGAAGAAGCUAUUUCAGCCCGAAACCCGCCGUUCUGCUAGCAAGGAUAAAUCCCCUGGCCGCAAGAGUCUCUUUGGAUCUACUGCGGUGACCGGUGAAGCCGUUCCCCUUUUUGUAUUGCGUCCUCACGAGAAACGGCGUUCAUCCGGUCUGGGAAUUGACAAAGAAGGCCUAGGCUCGCCUCGCGUGGCUGCUAUGCUCGAUGGAAGACGAUCAAUCGGAGAGGAGGCUCCGCGCUUCGUUCCUCAGGAGCAGCCCAAAUCGGGUGUGCGCUUUGAGGAUCCUCUGAAACUUCAAGAAGAAGUCGACAUGGAGCGUGAAGAAGAAGAGAAGCGGGAGGACGGUCAUAUCCCCCCGCUGCAGUUGGAUCCUACGGCGAAUUUGAAGGAUAUGAUUUCAAGCCUCACACCAAAGAAGAACAAGCUCCGCGGCCGCAAGAGCUUACAUGUGGGUGCUGCCCGGGGUUUAUUGGGCAAGCGACCCGUAGAGCUAGAUCAGGAUGAUGAAGAGGACACCGACAAUACUCCUAAGCGCUUGAAGGGUCGCAACGCCAGCCCAGUGAAGAGCAUUAAACUUCCAGCACCGCCGACAAAGGAUGAGACGGUCGGACAUUUGAAGCGCUCACCCGCUCGUAAAUCUGUUAUCGCACCACCCACUGAAGGUAGCACGACUCCAAGUCAGGAGCCGAAGACCAGCUCCUUGUCGCUUACUCCGGCGAAAGACGUAUCGGAGUCUUUCAACUCCAGUACAGAGUCAACAUCAGCUGAAGAGGGAACCGUCGCUCCACAAAAUAGCGAGCCCGAGUUUGAACCUAUUCAGCUACAGGAUUUCUUGAACAUGACUAACAUCCAUUUUAUGGAGCUGACUACAACAAAACGAAGGCAUACUACAGCCCCUGGGAGUGCGAGUAAGAGAACAGCUAGGCUCUCUGCCGAGUCCAAGGCCGCCACAGCCAGUUUUGAAGAUUGUGUCGCUGCCGGUUUCUGUACUGUGCCCAUGCUUGAGUUGUAUCAGCAUUCCUGCCGCGAGUUGAAAUCCUACAUCUCUGAAGGCCGACAGGUGAUUCGAUCCAUUGAAGCCGAGACAUACGCUGAGAACCCGCCCCUCUUCCGAGAAUAUGCCACUGCUCCGCCAGACAUCCGGCUCUUGAUGGACAACCAGUUCCGGAACGUGAAGGCCCAUGCUAGGUUACUCAGCAAAGCCACAUGGUACGAAUGGCGUAUGAAGCUUCUUGACGGUCUGAAAGAAGGCCUCUACCGGCAUGUAGAUGAGAUGAAGACGGAUGACGAUCUCUUAACAAAAUAUGAGACCCUGCUCGAUGGCGUAGUACCUUCUCUCGUCGAGAAACAAUCUGCGCUGCAAGAGGAGGCCGCGAACCUACAGCAACUUGCGGAUGAGAUGGAGAGUUGUGACCAGGAUGAACUGCAAAAUGCGCGGGAGAAGCUCACCAGCCUAGAGGAUGAGAUCGAGCUGAAGAAGAAGCAGCUGCAGGAGCUUCAAGGCCAGGUGCAAGAGAAGACCAACAGUCUUGAGUCGGGAGCGGAACUCAAAGCCGAGUUCUUGGCGCAGAUCCAGGAAGCUGAAAGGGUAAAAGAGGAGUGUCAUGGCUGGAGCGCCAAGGAAAUCAGUGACUUGAAGGAAUCCGUUCGGAAGAUUGAGCUCCAGACAGGCUGGUCUAUUGUAUCAGCCACCUCCUCUGGCUCACCCGCAGGCCCAUUGUUGACCAUGUCCUACCGGGAGCAGCUUCAACUCGUCUUCCACCCGGCGACCUUUGCUACUGAAAACGCAGCUCAACCGCCGUCCAGCAUUGACGAGAAGCCAAACCGGCCUCUUGAGUUGAAAUAUCACCCGAGUGACGGCGGCAAGUCCGCAAUUCAAGCGCCGCAGCUAUCUCCUAUCGCCUUGUUAGUCCUCAAGUCUCUUCAAAAGCACCUCAAAACCCUACAGCCCAAGACAGCCACGAUUGCUCCGAAGCAUCUCUUGCGCUUCAUAUCCAAUGCUUGGAACUCCGUGCUCAACCUAGAGGAAGAAGCCCGCAUGCUUGAAUUCUGCGGCGUAACCAAAGUCAAGCUAUCCGAGGACGAAGACAAGCUGUCACUUAGAGCCAGGUGCACUCUUCUCGGAACUGAUACAGCCGAGGGUAGAAAAACACCCGCGUCCAAAUCCACAAAGAAGCACGCGAGCAAUGAGAAACGGCGAAUCGACGUUGACUUUGCGGUGAGAACCCGCAUCGUCCAGGGCAAUGAGUCCGGGGACGUCGGCUCGUUGGAUUUCGAGACCGAUGUGAUCGCCAGCAAGGUGUAUGGUUUCGGAUCUGGCAAUGACCUCGGCAUGUCUGAGACGGAGAUGCGAACCAUCCUCUGCAAGGAAAUGGGGCAGAAGACUGCCGGAGUACAACUUGGGAAUGGUGUUUGGAGUAAAGCCGUUCGCAUGCUUACCGGGACUGCUUUCUAA